AUGACGACGACGAAAAGGAAAAGGGAGAAAAAGAAGAAAGGUGGAGUGGUGUGCUUUUCGUGCGCAGACGACGAGGAGGAGGAGGCUUUACUAACAACAGCAGGAGCAGAAGCAUCGACUUUGACGUCGUCGUUAUCGUCGUCGUUUGAAGACGAAGAGCUCGAAACCCGUCGCGCUUCGUCGUCCUCAAAAGUGUGCUCGUCGUCGUCGUCUUUUCGUCUCCCCAAGACAAAAGCGACGACGACGACGACAUCAUCAUUCAUGGAUCGCGUUGAAAUGAACGCGCCACUCGCGCUGAGCUCGUUUAUGCUCAUACCAAUGGGUGUUAUGGUUGCCCCGAACUUUGAUUUAGAAGGACCUGGGUCGGUUAUUCAAGCGUUAUCGGUGCUCGCGUCGAUCAUUUUUGUACACGAAUCUGGUCACUUUCUCGCCGCGAGGACGCAAGGCAUACACGUGAACAAAUUCGCAGUCGGGUUUGGACCGAACGUGCUUUCGUAUCAAGGGGAAGAGGUAGAAUACUCUCUAAAAGCGAUACCGUUGGGUGGAUUUGUCGCGUUUCCGGACGACGACGUGGACUGUCCGUACCCGCCGGACGAUCCAGAUUUGUUACGAAACAGACCGGUGAAAGACCGAGCGAUUGUCGUUUCGGCUGGGAUUGUCGCCAAUUGCGUGUUUGCGUUUGCUAUUUUACUCGCGCAGGUGAACACUAUUGGUUUGACGUACGCGAAAUACGCGCCAGGAGUGAUUGUCAAAGGAUUCGUCUCGCCCUCGGCGGCAGAGUCGGCUGGAUUCAAAAGAGGCGACAUCAUUUUGCGCAUCGACGGCGAAGAUUUGGAGGCGGAUGCAAAAACGGUCAAUCAAGUCGUGAACAAGAUCAAAGCGUCGGCGAAUAAAAAACUGGACGUCGUCGUCAGUCGAAAAGGUGAAAUGGUAAAGUUGAACUUGAUUCCAGAUGAGACGCCAAAGACUUUAGAAGGGAGAGUAGGCACGAGACUGGAGGCAAAUUCGGUGUUGUAUAAGAAAAUGGCAAAAGGUCCCGUGGAUUCCAUCAAGUUAGCCUCGAAAGAGUUUGGCAGAUUGUUCACUCUCGUCGGUAAAUCGUUGACUGGAUUAGUCACCAAUUUCAGCCAGUCGAAAGACCAAGUUUCUGGUCCGUUAGCCAUCGUUGCCGUCGGCGCGGAGGUUGUCAGGAAAGACAUCUCCGGCUUGUUCCAGUUUGGCGCGGUUAUAAACAUCAACUUAGCCAUCGUCAACUUGCUCCCGUUGCCGGCUUUAGACGGUGGAUUUUUGUUGUUGUUAAUCAUCGAAGCUAUUCGAGGUAAGAAAAUGCAAAAGGAGACGGAGCAAUCCAUCACCGGUGCCGGCGUACUUUUCUUAUUGAUCAGCGGCGGAGUUUUAAUCACGAGAGACUUGACUGAUUUCGCCGUCAAAGCGUUUGGCUUAGAUUUGUAA